UAGUACCAAGUUAAUAGUGUUAAGUGUUAAGACGUGUUAUGGGGACACUAACGGUGUGGAUACCCCUGUUAGUGGUGUCCUUAAUAUUAUUGGACCAACAGACUGGAGGAGCUCAAGUUCCCAAAUUUUUACAAAAAAAAUAUGGCACCAAAACAGUGGACGGUUAUAUCCCUAAUGCCAAUACUAAAUCAUAUACCAAGACCAAAACUGCCCAUACUAAAUCCAGGCAUCACGGACACACCUCAAAAAUGUUACCACCACGCGCCCAUGAGGCAACCAUGAGCCCAUAUGAUGUUUCCGGUAGAAAAGCCAGAGACUUCUUGGAUGCUGUAUCUGGCCCAUCCAAAUAUAUUAGUUCAGGUGGAUCAUACGGUGGAUCUUCACAAGGUUUUUCAUACCAAGGAGGAUGUCAGAGUAUGCCCUCACCCAUGAACGCUGGAGUAAAAUGCUCGUCAGUGUCUGGAUGCACAGCUACUUGUAUGCCAGACGCUCAUUUCCCUAACGGAAGAACGGAACUUAAACUUCUCUGUCAAAAUGGACAAUGGUUUGCAGAAGGAUAUAAUGGUGUACCAAACUGUGAACGCAGUUCUGGAAUGAGUGGCUCAUCAUCUAGUUCUGGUGGAUCUUCCAUUUCAUUCCAAGGAGGAUGUGUGGGUAUGCCCUCACCCAUGAACGCUGCAGUUAAAUGCUCAUCAUUAUCUGGAUGCAUCGCUACUUGUAUGCCAGGCUCUCAAUUCCCUAAUGGAAAAACUGAACUCCAGAUUCUCUGUCAAAAUGGACAAUGGUCAGCACUACAGUUUAAUGGUGUACCAGACUGUCAACUUAUAUCUGGUUCAUCCGGAAUGAGUGGUUCAUCAUCUAGCUCAAGUAGUUCUUCAUCUUCUUCAUCAAGUGGAUCCUCAGGCAGUAUUUCUUUCCAAGGAGGAUGUGUUGGUAUGCCUUCACCCAUGAACGCUGCAGUUAAAUGCUCGUCAUUGACUGGAUGCAGAGCUACUUGUAUGCCAAACUCUCAAUUCUCUAAUGGAAAAACUGAACUUCAGAUGCUCUGUCAAAAUGGACAAUGGUCAGCAGAAGGAUUUAAUGGUGUACCGGACUGCCAAUGGAUCUCUGGUUCAUCCGGAUCAUCAUCUAGCUCAUCGAGCUCAUCAUCUAGCUCAAGCAGUUCUUCUUCAUCCAGUGGAUCAUCAAGCAUUUCAUUCCAAGGAGGAUGUACCGGUAUGCCCUCACCUACGAACGCUGGAGUCAAAUGCUCGUCAUUGUCUGGAUGUAAAGCCACUUGUAUGCCAGAUUAUCAAUUCCCUAACGGAAAAACUGAAGUUAGAAUUCUCUGUCAAGAUGGAAAAUGGCUUGCAGAAGAGUUUAGUGGCGUACCAAACUGUGAACCAAUUUGUUUGCCACAAUGCCAAAACAACGGAAUCUGCUUGGCUCCUAACCAAUGUAGCUGCCCCGAAAACUUCUCUGGACCUCAAUGCCAGUUCGAAAGCAAACCAUGUUUGAACUAUCCUCCCAUGCCCAAAAACUCAAAACGAUCCUGUAAUUCUAAGAAAUGUACUAUCACUUGUAUGAAGGGCCAUGAAUUCCCAGAUGGCUCAGGGAUCGCUACCAUGGACUGCAAAAACGGAUUGUGGGUUCCAAGCAAAGAAAAGUGGACUUCUAUGCCAAACUGUCAAGCCACCUGCGAUCCUCCUUGUUUGAAUGGUGGAAACUGCCUUUCAUUUAACGUCUGCCAAUGUCCCCAGGAAUUCAGAGGCCCACAGUGCCAAUACAGUGCUGACGUAUGUAAUCCAAAGAACAUGGGCUUCAACGGUGGUUACAACUGUUCCGGAGAUGCUAACACCUUCUCCUGUGCGCUUAAAUGUCCAGUUGGCAUUGAUUUUGAAUUCGCACCUGUGCCUGUAUAUACUUGUGACUACGCUCUUGGAUUCUUCUUGCCCCAACCAAUUCCAGACUGUGUAUAUCCUGAUGGUUCCGAAGUCCACUUCAUUCCAGGUACUUCCGAAACACAGAUCACAUUCAACUACACCGAAUGGAUAACCACCACCCGAGGCAGACUUUUCCUUGAAAGCUUAGAACAAGAACUUACUCUCGGUGUGAAUGUACAUAUUAUUAUAAAAAGAAUUGAGGACGAGAUUAAAUCUGGAACAUUGACCAUCGAACAGAAAACUUUGUUGGAGAAAUGGGAGAAGGAAUUGAGCACUGGAGCAUUGACCGAGCAGAAACUGUUAGAACAGAUCAAGGUCUUCCCUAUGUUUACUGAGUCACCAAAUGGCAAAGAAGUAACGGAAAACAUCAUCAUUGACGAAAAUCAUAAGGUCGUUGAAGGUGGUACCAGCGGUGGUGAAAGUGUCAUCGUUGAAACGAAACUGCCUGCACCUGGAACAUGUUUUGCUUGGGGUGGAUCUCACUAUAAAACUUUUGACAAUAGAAUCUACAGCUUCAAAUCAAGAUGCCCUCACGUUCUAGUCCGUGACUCCAAAGACAGCACCUUCAGCAUCAUCACUCAAGAUUCCGACGAGUGUCAAUCAAGUCCAGAACAAUGCCACAAAAACAUUAACAUUUACUUGCAAAACGUCAAUUACCUACUUUCAAAAACUGCCGAAGGACAACCUCUCUUCAAAUCCGGAGAGAAAGUACUCCCAAUUCCUGGAAGAGUUCCUGGAAUAAGAGUAGAAAUGGAAGCUCACAAUCUUCUUGUCUCAUUGGAUACUGUAGGAGUUGAAAUGCUUUGGGAUGGAAGGAACCUCAUUCAAGUUUCCGUUAAAGAAAAUCUCUGGAAUAGAACUGAAGGGUUGUGUGGUAUUUUGGACGGUGAUGUAAGCACUGAUAUCGUUACCCAAGACGGAGAAGCUACCAAAAAUAUCCUCACCUUUGCCAGCAGCUGGAAAGUUGACUACAUUGGAAACCGAUGUGAGGAUUCACCUACCGAAGACGCCGUUUGUACUCACCAACCAGAUAGAGCAGAAAAUGCAACCAAUUUCUGUAAUAAACUCAUCAAAGACAACAGAUUCAAACAAUGCAACAAUCUUUUGGACAUCGGAUUCCUAUACGAUGCUUGUAGAUCUGAUUACUGUAACUGCCUCGAUAGUAAUGACCCUACUGCAUGCGCCUGUGAUAACUUCGACGUUUACGUUAAGCAUUGUACACUAUUUGGCAUCAAAGGACUAUCAAACUGGAGGGACGAAAAUACUUGCCCAAUGAAAUGUUCAAACGGAAAGAUCUAUCAAGCUUGUGGCAGUGCCAACAGACAACCAACUUGCGGAUCCAUUUCUGAAGGAAAAGUAGAAUCUGAUGAGAAAUGCGUCGAAGGAUGUUUCUGUCCUGAAGGAACCGUACUUCAUGAAGGAUCAUGUAUCACUAGAGACAAAUGCCCCUGUAUGUUGAGAGGAAAGAACUUUGAAGCCGGAGCGUCUGUACCAAAAGAUUGUAAUACCUGUACUUGUAGUGGAGGACAAUGGAUUUGUACACAGGUUGACUGUGGAGCUCGUUGUUCUGCUAUUGGAGACCCUCACUACGUCACUUUUGACGGAAAGAAAUACGACUUCAUGGGCAAAUGUUCCUACUAUUUAGUAAAGGCCCAGAACUUCUCUAUCGAAGCCGAAAACACCCCAUGUGCUGGUUCAAUCUCUCAGGCUAUGAACUUCCCUCUCAGUAUUCUCAGUGGAAUGCCUUCUUGUACAAAAACCGUCACAAUCAGGGUUAAUGAUCAAGUAAUUAAACUAAAACAAAACCAUGAAUUAGUUGUAAAUGGACAAGAUAUCAUCCAAGUUCCAUUCAUCAUCGCUGGAAUCAGAAUCAAGAAAGUUUCUUCCAUUUUCUUACAAACUACUUUACCCAAUGGAAUUGAUGUCUGGUGGGACGGAAGCAACAGAGUCUACAUAGACCUCCCUGCUAAAUUUAACGAAGAAACGAGAGGUCUUUGCGGUACUUUCAACAACAACCAAAAAGACGAUUUCUUAACCCCGCAAGACGAUGUUGAACAAUCUGUCAUUGCUUUUGCCAACAAGUGGAAGACUACUGAACAUUGCCAAGACCUUCCAGAAGUGGUUCCAACCCACCCAUGCGACAGAAAUAUCCACAGAAGAGGACAAGCCGAAGAAUACUGUUCCAAAAUUAAGUCAGAGCUUUUCAAAGGUAAGCUUAUGAGUCCAGUCAAUUUUCUAGGCAAUGACACUAAAACACCACAUGAUCAUUUAUGCGAAGAACAUUUUAAAUUUAUCAAUGAAAAUAGUUGUCAUUGGUUCGUCGAUCCUGAACAAUUCUACAAAGAUUGUCUCUACGACAUGUGCUCUUGUGAAUCCCCUGUUUCCAAAUGCCUUUGUCCAAUCAUGGCCAGCUACGCUAGCGAAUGUUCUCGUCAAGGAAUUAAGGUAGACUGGAGAAGCGACGUCCGCGAAUGUGGCGUCCACUGUCCAGGUGGUCAAAUAUACCAAGUUUGUGGCGACUCAUGUUCAAGAACUUGCCGCGACAUCUCUGACGAUACCAACUGCAAACCCCAGUGUGUUGAAGGUUGUAACUGUCCCGACGGUCAGACCUUAGACGACAAUGGUGAAUGUAUUCCAAUUGGACAAUGUAAAUGUCAUUACCGCGGAAUGGAGUUCCCACCCGGAUACAGGGAAAUCAGACCUGCUACUAAGGCUCCAGAACUAUGUUCUUGCGCCAGUGCUGUAUGGGAAUGUUUCGAAGCCAGCCAAGAAGACAUUGCGAUGUAUCCUAGCUCAGAAUUAGUUCAAAACAAGUGUAAUGCAUCUGCAAACCUUGAAUUCACCACCUGUGAACCGGUCGAACCACUUACCUGUAAGAACAUGCACUCUCCACCACAAGUAUCUCCUGCUAUCUGUCACUCUGGUUGCCAAUGUAAAGAGGGAUAUGUUCUCGAUACAACAAGCCGAAGAUGUGUUAAACCUACUGAAUGUCCAUGUCACCACGCCAGUAAGAGCUACAAGGAAGGUGCUAUCGUCCAAAGCGGAUGCAACACAUGUACUUGUCAAAAUGGUAAAUGGGGAUGCACUGACCGUCAAUGUGCAGCUGAAUGUAGCGCAUGGGGAGACUCUCACUACAAAACCUUCGAUGGAAAACGAUUCGACUAUCAAGGAGAAUGUGACUAUGUUUUGGCUAAAGGAAGUCUUGGACAAGAUUCUUUCCACGUUUCAGUCCAAAACGUACCAUGUGGAUCAUUGGGUACCGCUUGUUUCAAAUCUGUUACCAUCAAAGUAACCUCAAGUGGAACAUCUGAUGUUAUUACUUUAGAAAAAGACAAGCUUUUGCCAAGUCUCAAAACCUAUAAGCACAUCACUGUUAGAGAAAAGAGUAUGUUUGUUAUUGUCGAAGCUCCAGAUCUAGGAUUUGUCGUCCACUGGGAUAGAGGAACCAGAGUAUAUGUCAGAAUCGAUCCUAGAUGGAAGGAUACAACUAAAGGUUUAUGUGGUAAUUACAACGACAAUGAAGUUGAUGAUUUCCAGACUCCUUCUGGAGGUCUUGCUGAAGUUUCAGCUAAUAUCUUUGGUGACUCUUGGAGAUUACAAUCAUACUGUACUGAAGCUCCAGAAAUUAAGGAUACCUGCGAACAACGACCAGAUCGCAAAGUCUGGGCUACCAAGAAGUGCGGUGUAUUAAAAUCAUCAGUCUUCUCCCCAUGUCACUCCGAAGUUUCCGUUGACUACUUCUUCGAAAAAUGUAUCUUCGAUAGCUGUGCCUGCGACCAAGGUGGUGACUGUGAAUGUAUGUGCACAGCUUUAGCUGCCUAUGCUCAGGAAUGUAACAACAGAGGAGUACCAAUCAAAUGGAGAACCCCUGAAUUCUGCCCAAUGCAAUGUGACGAACGUUGCACCACUUACAGCCCAUGUAUUUCCACGUGUCCAGAAGAAACUUGUGACAACCUCCUCAUGAACAAGAAAUACUCAAAGACUUGCGGUGAAGACAGUUGCAUCGAAGGUUGUGCGCCUAAACGUUGCCCACCUGGAAAAGUUUACAGAAACAGCACCCACUUGGAAUGUGUACCUAUGCAAGAAUGUAAGCCUGUCUGUUUAGUUGUAGACGGUAAAACUUACUACGAAGGAGACCUCAUGGAAGAAGACGAUUGCCACACUUGUUAUUGUUCCAGAGAAGAAAAGAAAUGCAGAGGUCAGCCUUGUACAACCACUGUAGCACCAACCAUAACAACUACAAACCAGAAUGAACAACAAAUUAACUGUGAAGGUGGAUGGACUGCAUGGGUAAACCAAAACGCUGAGGGGCAAAAGGAAGAACUCAGAGAGGAGGAAAUUGAACCUGUUCCAUCUUCUACCGUAUUGGUUAAUCUAAAAGACUCAGCUAAGUGUAAUUCCGAUAUGAUGGUAGAUAUUGAAUGCAGAACUGUUCAGGGACGUAUUUCAGCUAAAGAACUCGCUGACACCGGUUUGGAUAUCGAAUGUUCUCUUGAAAGAGGCCUUGUCUGCAAGGCUGGAAACAACAAACUUUGUCCAGACUUUGAAGUCCGUGUCAAAUGCCAAUGUGAAGCUACAACAACUCCAGCUGAAGUAUUUACUUCCACCACAGAGAAAUAUGUCACUACCCAGCGACCAACUGAAACAACUACAACCCAGAGACCCUCUACUACCGUACGAACCACCACCGAAGAGGUUGUCUUUACUACAGCAGAACCAUCUUGUGUUGUUGGAGACAGCAAGGAAGAUUUAAGAGACUGUUCAAUCUACUAUGUAUGCACUGGUGGACUAUCCAUUACUGAAUGGGUCAAGAUGACCUGCGCAGAAGGCACUUUGUAUAAUCCAGUAACAAAACUUUGCGAUUGGCCCAGAGAAGUUGAAGAAGUGAAACCAUCAUGCGCAGCUGCAACAACAGCAGAACCAAUACCAACAUGUGCCCCUGGUACUGUCUACGAUCAAUGUGCAAUCAGAUGUGACCAACUCUGUCAAUAUUAUGGAUUCUUAGUUAGAGAACAAGGAUAUUGUAAGGGCGAAACAGUAUGUGAAGCUGGAUGCGUAUCAGCUUCAAAGGAUAAAGAAUGCCCCGCUGGAUCAGCUUGGUUGAACGAAAACACCUGUGUAGAUGUUGCUUCAUGUCUUUGUGCUACCGAAGAAGGCAAACCAAUUAAGCCUGGUAAAGUAAUUGAAGAAGGUGAUUGCAGAAAAUGCCAAUGUAUCAACAACGCUUUCACAUGUCAUGAAGAAGGCUGCACUACUGGGUACGAAGUAACAACUGAAACUGAAAUUCAAAGUGAAGGAACUACAACCAGCACUGUAAGACCUACAACUGAAGAGGAAAUCAUCGAAUGUACAACAGGCUGGACUUCUUGGAUUAACCAAGACGUGCCAGAAACCGAGGGAGAAUUGAGAACAGAAGAUAUUGAACCUGUUCCUUCAACAUCUAUAUUGAAAUACCUGAAGGAUUCACCCAAAUGUGACCAUGAUAUGAUGGUUGAUAUCCAAUGUAGAACCGUAAAGGGAGGUUUUUCUGCUAGCGAAGUUGCCAAAGAAACUGGAUUAGAUAUUGAAUGUUCUCUAGAAAGGGGUCUAGUCUGCAAAGCUAAUUCACCCGACAACUUAUGCCCAGAUUUUGAAGUACGAGUUAAAUGCCAGUGUGAACCCACAACAACUACCGAAGUUCCUACACAAACAUCCGAAGGUGAAAUAACUACAAGAAGACCAAGCACUACCACCACAGUUGCACCAACCACUACCAGCACAGCUGGUACAACUACCACCGAAGAAUUGGAGUGUCAAACUGGUUGGACCUCUUGGAUUAACCAGGACGUUCCAAACACUGAAGAUGAAUUAAGACAGGAAGAUGUAGAACCAGUUCCUUCCACAUCAAUACUAUCACACUUGGAAGACUCACCUAAAUGUGACCGUGAUAUGAUGGUCGAUAUUCAAUGUAGAACUGUUAAGGAUGGAGUAUCUGCUUACACUAUUGCCAAAGAAACAGGAUUAGACCUUGAAUGUUCUUUGGAGAGAGGAUUGAUAUGUAAAGCAUCAGAAGGCGACAAUUGUCCGGACUUUGAAGUGCGCGUCAGAUGCCAGUGCGAACCAACCACUGUCACCAAAGCUACAACUAGGCCUACAGAGGAAACCAGAACUACCAAGAGAAUAACCACUAGACCCACAAUUGCAACAGCUCCAACAGAAAUAACAGAAGAGGUUACUACCAGAAGAGUAUCAAGCACAAGUCAAGCUCCUACUCAAACAACUCAACCAGAAAUUACGUGUGAAACCGGCUGGACUUCUUGGAUCAAUCAAGAUGUCCCACCAACUGAAGGUGAAAUGAAAGAAGUAGACAGAGAACCAAUUCCAUCAAUCUCAAUAAUUCAAUCUCUCAAGGACUCACCCAAAUGUGACUACGAUAUGAUGGUUGAUAUUCAAUGCAGAACUGUGAAAGGAGGUUUUUCUGCGAGCGAAGUUGCUGAAUCUACCGGUUUGGAUAUUGUAUGUUCCUUAGAACAAGGUUUGGUGUGCAAUUCAAACGGACAAGGCAAGUUAUGUCCCGACUUUGAAGUUCGUCUUAGAUGUCAAUGCGAAGGUACAACAACAGUAACUACAAGAAAGCCAACUAGUAAAGCUCUUCCUACAGAAACAGAAGUUACUGAGGAAGAAUUAACUUCCACAACAAGCAAAGCCACCACGCAUGCAACACGAACAACUGAAGUAGAUCUAGGUUGUGAAACUGGAUGGACUUCAUGGAUCAACCAAGAUGUUCCAAGAAAUGAAGACGAAUUACGAAGAGAAGACAUCGAACCUGUUCCUUCUACUUCAGUAUUGAAAUACUUGGAGAACUCACCCAAAUGUAACUCUGAUAUGUUUGUUGACAUUGAAUGCAGAACUGUUAAAGAUGGCAAUUCAGCUUACAAUGUUGCGAAAGAGACAGGUCUAGAUAUUGAGUGUUCUCUAGAAAAUGGGCUGGUUUGUAGAUCGCCUGGCAACGAAUCGCUGUGUCCAGACUUCGAAGUCAGAGUAAAAUGCCAGUGUGAAGCCACCACAGUUACCAAGGCACCCAUAAGACACACAACCAAGAUAUUGCCAACAGAAACUACUGAAGGCGUAACAACUACUAUUAAACUUACAACAAGACCUACCAUUAGGACAGCUCCAACUGAAAUAACAGAAGAAAUAACUACCACCACCAGAACAGUAAAAACUACCAGCAGAAUUACUCCUGAACCCACACAAACAACUACUGAACAAAUUGAAUGUCUAACUGGAUGGACUUCAUGGAUUAACCAAGAUGUUCCAACUAAUGAAGAUGAGCUUAAAGAAAAUGAUAUUGAACCAGUUCCUUCAACAUCUGUUCUUAAAUACUUAGAGGACUCACCCAAAUGUGGGUAUGACAUGAUGGUCGAUAUCCAAUGUAGAACUGUGAAAGGAGGUUUCUCUGCUAGUGAAGUUGCUCAAGAUACAGGUUUGGAUAUACAAUGCUCACUUGAAAAUGGACUUGUCUGCAACUCACCUGGAGGUGAAAAAUCAUGUCCAGACUUUGAAGUACGAGUAAGAUGUCAGUGUGAAGGUACCACCACGUCAACAACAAGAGUGACAACCAAAACAACGAGCAAAUCUCUUCCAACGGAAGUAACGGAAGAAGAAACAACAUCAACAACAAGGAGAACUCAACCAACAGAAGUAACGGAAGAAGAAACAACAUCAACAACAAGGAGAACUAGACCAACAGAAGGAACUCACAGACCUACUGAAACAACUGAACCUGAAGUGGAGUGUACAACUGGCUGGACUACUUGGAUUAACCAAGAUGUUCCAACCACUGAAGGUGAACUCAAAGAAAACGAUAUUGAACCAGUUCCAUCAACAUCUGUUCUGCAACACUUAGAAGGCUCACCCAAAUGUAGUGAUGACAUGAUGGUCGAUUUCCAAUGUAGAACUGUAAAGGGAGGUUUCUCUGCUAGUGAAGUUGCUCAAGAUACAGGUUUGGAUAUACAAUGCUCACUUGAAAAUGGACUUGUCUGCAACUCACCUGGAGGUGAAAAAUCAUGUCCAGACUUUGAAGUACGAGUAAGAUGCCAGUGCGAAGGUACCACCACGACAACAACAAGAGUGACUACCAAGACAACGAGCAAAUCUCUUCCAACGGAAGUUACGGAAGAAGAAACAACAUCGACAACAAGGAGAACUAGACCAACAGAAGGAACUCACAGACCUACUGAAACAACUGAACCUGAAGUGGAGUGUACAACUGGCUGGACUACUUGGAUUAACCAAGAUGUUCCAACCACUGAAGGUGAACUCAAAGAGAACGAUAUUGAACCAGUUCCUUCAACAUCUGUUCUGCAACACUUAGAAGGCUCACCCAAAUGUAGUGAUGACAUGAUGGUCGAUUUCCAAUGUAGAACUGUAAAGGGAGGUUUCUCUGCUAGUCAAGUUGCUCAAGAUACAGGUUUGGAUAUACAAUGCUCACUUGAAAAUGGACUUGUCUGCAACUCACCUGGAGGUGAAAAAUCAUGUCCAGACUUUGAAGUACGAGUAAGAUGUCAGUGCGAAGGUACCACCACGACAACAACAAGAGUGACUACCAAGACAACGAGCAAAUCUCUUCCAACGGAAGUUACGGAAGAAGAAACAACAUCGACAACAAGGAGAACUAGACCAACAGAAGGAACUCACAGACCUACUGAAACAACUGAACCUGAAGUGGAGUGUACAACUGGCUGGACUUCUUGGAUUAACCAAGAUAUUCCAACCACUGAAGGUGAACUCAAAGAAAACGAUAUUGAACCAGUUCCUUCAACAUCUGUUCUGCAAUACUUAGAAGAUUCACCCAAAUGUGGCGAUGAGAUGAUGGUCGAUUUCCAAUGUAGAACUGUAAAAGGAGGUUUCUCUGCUAGUGAAGUUUCUAAAGAUACAGGUUUGGAUAUAGAAUGUUCACUUGAACAUGGACUUGUCUGUAAUUCACGUGGAGGCGAAAAAGAAUGUCCAGAUUUUGAAGUACGAGUAAGAUGUCAGUGCGAAGGUACAACCACCACAACAACAAGAGUAACUACCAAAACAACGAGCAAAUCUCUACCAACGGAAGUUACGGAAGAAGAAACAACAUCAACAACAAGGAGAACUAGACCAACAGAAGGAACUCACAGACCUACUGAAACAACUGAACCUGAAGUGGAGUGUACAACUGGCUGGACUACUUGGAUUAACCAAGAUGUUCCAACCACUGAAGGUGAACUCAAAGAAAACGAUAUUGAACCAGUUCCUUCAACAUCUGUUCUGCAACACUUAGAAGGCUCACCCAAAUGUAACGAUGAUAUGAUGGUCGAUUUCCAAUGUAGAACUGUAAAGGGAGGUUUCUCUGCUAGUGAAGUUGCUAAGGCUACAGGUUUGGAUAUACAAUGUUCCCUCGAACAAGGACUUGUCUGCAACUCACCUUUAGGUGAAAAAGCCUGUCCAGAUUUUGAAGUACGAGUAAGAUGUCAGUGCGAACCUACCACCACGUCAACAACAAGAGUGACUACCAAAACAACAAGCAAAUCUCUUCCAACCGAAGUUACGGAAGAAGAAACAACAUCAACAACAAGGAGAACUCAGCCAACAGAAGUAACAGAAGAAGAAACAACAUCAACAACAAGGAGAACUAGACCAACAGAAGGAACUCACAGACCUACUGAAACAACUGAGCCUGAAGUGGAGUGUAUAACUGGCUGGACCACUUGGAUUAACCAAGAUGUCCCAACCACCGAAGGUGAACUCAAAGAAAACGAUAUUGAACCAGUUCCUUCAACGUCUGUUCUGCAACACUUAGAAGGCUCACCCAAAUGUGGCGACGACAUGAUGGUCAAUUUCCAAUGCAGAACUGUAAAGGGAGGUUUCUCUGCUAGUGAAGUUACUAAGGCUACAGGUUUGGAUAUACAAUGUUCACUUGAACAAGGACUGGUCUGCAAUUCACCUUUAGGUGAAAAAGCCUGUCCAGAUUUUGAAGUACGAGUAAGAUGUCAGUGCGAACGUACCACCACGUCAACAACAAGAGUGACUACCAAAACAACAAGUAAAUCUCUUCCAACGGAAGUUACGGAAGAAGAAACAACAUCAACAACAAGGAGAACUCAGCCAACAGAAGUAACGGAAGAAGAAACAACAUCAACAACAAGGAGAACUAGACCAACAGAAGGAACUCACAGACCUACUGAAACAACUGAGCCUGAAGUGGAGUGUACAACUGGCUGGACCACUUGGAUUAACCAAGAUGUCCCAACCACCGAAGGUGAACUCAAAGAAAACGAUAUUGAACCAGUUCCUUCAACAUCUGUUCUGCAACACUUAGAAAGCUCACCCAAAUGUGGCGAUGACAUGAUGGUCGAUUUCCAAUGUAGAACUGUAAAGGGAGGUUUCUCUGCUAGUGAAGUUGCUAAGGCUACAGGUUUGGAUAUACAAUGUUCACUUGAACAAGGACUUGUCUGCAAUUCACCUUUAGGUGAAAGAGCCUGUCCAGAUUUUGAAGUACGAGUAAGAUGUCAGUGCGAAGGUACCACCACGUCAAGAACAAGAGUGACUACCAAAACAACGAGCAAAUCUCUUCCAACGGAAGUUACGGAAGAAGAAACAACAUCAACGACAAGGAGAACUAAACCAACAGAAGGAACUCAGAGACCUACUGAAACAACUGAACCUGAAGUAGAGUGUACAACUGGCUGGACUACUUGGAUCAACCAAGAUGUUCCAACAACUGAAGGUGAACUCAAAGAAAACGAUAUUGAACCAGUUCCUUCAACAUCUGUUCUGCAACACUUAGAAGGCUCACCCAAAUGUAGCGAUGACAUGAUGGUCGAUUUCCAAUGUAGAACUGUAAAGGGAGGUUUCUCUGCUAGUGAAGUUUCUAAGGAUACAGGCUUGGAUAUACAAUGCUCACUUGAAAAUGGACUUGUCUGCAACUCACCUGGAGGUGAAAAAUCAUGUCCAGACUUUGAAGUACGAGUAAGAUGUCAGUGCGAAGGUACCACCACGACAACAACAAGAGUGACUACCAAAACAACGAGCAAAUCUCUUCCAACGGAAGUAACGGAAGAAGAAACAACAUCAACAACAAGGAGAACUCAACCAACAGAAGUAACGGAAGAAGAAACAACAACAACAAGGCGCACUGGACCAACAGAAGGAACUCACAGACCUACUGAAACAACUGAAACCGAAGUGGAAUGUACAACUGGCUGGACUACUUGGAUUAACCAAGAUGUUCCUACACGUGAAGACGAAUUAAGGGAAAAGGAUAUUGAACCAGUACCUACAACUUCAGUACUUCAACAUUUGACCGAUUCUCCAAGAUGUGAUUCUGACAUGGUUGCUGAUAUUCAAUGUAGAACUGUUAAGGACGGUAAAUCAGCCUAUAUGGUUGCUCAAGAGACAGGUUUAGAUAUUCGAUGCUCACUUGAAGAAGGUUUAGUGUGUCAAUCAUAUGGAAAUGGUGCACUAUGUCCAGAUUUUGAAGUACGAGUAAAAUGUCAAUGUGAACCAACAACAACAUCAAGAGUCACCAGACCCACAACUAAAGCUCUUCCAACAGAGACAACUGAAGAAGAAACUACUGGAACUACUACAAGAGUAACUUCUAGACCCACAAGCACUGUUGCAGAAACUGAAACUACGGAAACUGAAUUCGGUUGUCAAACUGGCUGGACUUCUUGGAUUAACCAAGAUGUUCCAAGCAACGGGGACGAAUUAAGAGAAGAAGAUAUUGAACCAGUUCCCUCUACUGAACUACUUCAACAUUUGAAGGAUUCUCCAAAAUGUGACUCUGACAUGGUUGCUGAUAUUCAAUGUAGAACUGUCAAGGAUGGCAAAUCGGCCUACACGGUUGCUCAAGAAACAGGUUUAGAUGUUCAAUGCUCUCUUGAACAAGGGUUAGUCUGUAACUCAUCUGGAAAUGGCGCACUAUGUCCAGAUUUUGAAGUACGAGUCAGGUGUCAAUGUGAACCAACAACAUCAAGAGUCACCAGACCCACAACUAAAGCUCUUCCAACAGAGACAACUAAAGAAGAAACUACUGGACCUACUACAAGAGUAACUUCUAGACCCACAAGCACUGUUGCAGAAACUGAAACUACGGAAACUGAAUUCGGUUGUCAAACUGGCUGGACUUCUUGGAUUAACCAAGAUGUUCCAAGCAACGGGGACGAAUUAAGAGAAGAAGAUAUUGAACCAGUUCCAUCUACUGAACUACUUCAACAUUUGAAGGAUUCUCCAAAAUGUGACUCUGACAUGGUUGAUGAUAUUCAAUGUAGAACUGUCAAGGAUGGCAAAUCGGCCUACACGGUUGCUCAAGAAACAGGUUUAGAUAUUCAAUGCUCCCUUGAACAAGGUUUAGUCUGUAACUCAUCUGGAAAUGGCGCACUAUGUCCAGAUUUUGAAGUACGAGUCAGGUGUCAAUGUGAACCAACAACAUCAAGAGUAACCAGACCCACAACUAAAGCUCUUCCAACAGAGACAACUGAAGAAGAAACUACUGGAACUACUACAAGAGUAACUUCUAGACCCACAAGCACUGUUGCAGAAACUGAAACUACGGAAACUGAAUUCGGUUGUCAAACUGGCUGGACUUCUUGGAUUAACCAAGAUGUUCCAAGCAACGGGGAUGAAUUAAGAGAAGAAGAUGUUGAACCAGUUCCCUCUACUGAACUACUUCAACAUUUGAAGGAUUCUCCAAAAUGUGACUCUGACAUGGUUGCUGAUAUUCAAUGUAGAACUGUUAAGGAUGGCAAAUCGGCCUACACGGUUGCUCAAGAAACAGAUUUAGAUGUUCAAUGCUCUCUUGAACAAGGGUUAGUCUGUAACUCAUCUAGAAAUGGCGCACUAUGUCCAGAUUUUGAAGUACGAGUCAGGUGUCAAUGUGAACCAACAACAUCAAGAGUCACCAGACCCACAACUAAAGCUCUUCCAACAGAGACAACUGAAGAAGAAACUACUGGAACUAAGACAAGAGUCACCAGACCCACAACUAAAGCUCUUCCAACAGAGACAACUGAAGAAGAAACUACUGGAACUACUAGAAGAGUAACUUCUAGACCCACAAGCACUGUUGCAGAAACUGAAACUACGGAAACUGGAUACGGUUGUCAAACUGGCUGGACUUCUUGGAUUAACCAAGAUGUUCCAAGCAACGGGGAUGAAUUGAGAGAAGAAGAUAUAGAACCAGUUCCAUCUACUGAACUACUUCAACAUUUGACAGAAUCUCCAAAAUGUGACGCUGACAUGCUUGCUGAUAUUCAAUGUAGAACUGUUAAGGAUGGUAAAUCGGCCUAUAUGGUUGCUCGAGAGACUGGUUUAGAUAUUCAAUGCUCUCUUGCAGAAGGUUUAAUCUGUAACUCAUCUGGCAAUGGCGCACUAUGUCCAGAUUUUGAAGUACGAGUAAGAUGUCAAUGUGAACCAACAACGUCAAGAGUCACUAGACCCACAACUAAAGCUCUUCCAACAGAAACAACUGAAGAAGAAACUACUGGAACUACGACAAGAGUAACCUCUAGACCCACAAGCACUGUUACAGAAACUGAAACUACGGAGGCUGAAUUCGGUUGUCAAACUGGCUGGACUUCUUGGAUUAACCAAGAUGUUCCAAGCAAUGAGGAUGAAUUGAGAGAAGAAGAUAUUGAACCAGUUCCAUCUACUGAACUACUUCAACGUUUGAAGGAUUCUCCAAAAUGUGACUCUGACAUGGUUGCUGAUAUUCAAUGUAGAACUGUUAAGGAUGGUAAAUCGGCCUAUAGGGUUGCUCAAGAGACCGGUUUAGAUGUUCAAUGCUCUGUUGAUGAAGGUUUAGUCUGUAAAUCAUCUGGAAAUGAUUCACAAUGUCCAGAUUUUGAAGUACGAGUAAGAUGUCAAUGUGAACCAACAACGUCAAGAGUCACUAGACCCACAACUAAAGCCCUACCAACAGAAACAACUGAAGAAGAAACUACUGGAACUACAAGAAGAGUAACAUCUAGACCCACAAGCACUAUUGCAGAAACUGAAACUACGGAGACUGAAUACGGUUGUCAAACUGGCUGGACUUCUUGGAUUAACCAAGAUGUUCCAAGCAAUGAGGAUGAAUUGAGAGAAGAAGAUAUUGAACCAGUUCCAUCUACUGAAGUACUUCAACAUUUGAAGGAUUCUCCAAAAUGUGACUCUGACAUGGUGGCUGAUAUUCAAUGUAGAACUGUUAAGGAUGGUAAAUCGGCCUAUAGGGUUGCUCAAGAGACCGGUUUAGAUAUUCAAUGCUCUCUUGAUGAAGGUUUGGUUUGUAAAUCAUCUGGAAAUGGCGCACUGUGUCCAGAUUUUGAAGUACGAGUAAAAUGCCAAUGUGAACCAACAACAACAUCAAGAGUCACCAGACCCACAACUAAAGCUCUUCCAACAGAAACCACUGAAGAAGAAACCACUGGAACUACAGGAAGAGUAACUUCUAGACCCACAAGCACUGUUGCAGAAACUGAAACUACAGAAGCUGAAUUCGGUUGUCAAACUGGCUGGACUUCUUGGAUUGACCAAGAUGUUCCAAGAAACGAGGAUGAAUUAAGACAAGAAGAUAUUGAACCAGUUCCUUCUAAUGAAAUACUUAAAUACUUGAAAGAUUCACCUAAAUGUGAUUCCAAUAUGAUGGUAGAUAUUCAAUGCAGAACUGUUAAAGAUCUUGAAUCAGCCUACAAAGUUGCUCAAGAAACUGGAUUGGACAUUGAGUGUUCUCUUGAAAGAGGUUUAAUUUGUAGAUCUUCAGGAAAUGAAUCCAAAUGUCCAGACUUUGAAGUGAGGGUAAAAUGUCAGUGUGAACCAACAACAAUUACCAAAACCACUUUAAGACCCACAACACAAGCAACACAUCCAACCGAAGUAACUGAAGGUGAAAUCACUACCACUAAGUUAUCUACUAGACCCACAAUGGAAACAGCACCUACAGAAAUCACUGAGGAAGUUACAAAAACGACCAGAACAGUUAUCACCACAAGCCAUGUCACUCCUCAACCUACAGAAACCACUGUUAAAGAACAAGUUAGCUGUAAGACUGGCUGGACUCCUUGGAUUAAUCAGGACAUUCCAUCAAAUGAAGACCAAUUAAGAGAACAAGAUGUAGAGCCUGUACCUACACCAUCAAUAAUGAAAUAUCUGAAGGACUCACCUAAAUGUGAUACCGAUAAAAUUGUUGCUAUCCAAUGUAGAACUGUUAAAGGGGGAUUCUCUGCAGAAAGUGUUGCUAAGGAAACUGGACUUGAUAUUGAAUGCUCGUUAGAAAAUGGAUUAAUCUGUAAAGCAACCGGAUUUGACAAUCUCUGUCCAGAUUUUGAGACACGUGUGAGAUGUCAAUGUGAACCUGUUACAACUACUACAGCCACAACCAGACCUACUAGCAAGACUGCCCCAACAGAAGUUACAGAAGAAGAAACUACUGGUACAACAAAGAAAUAUCCUACAAGUAAAGCCCUUUCAACUGAAACAGAGGAACUAACUACUACUCCACCUACACCAAUGGAACCUAAAUCGUCUACAACUGUAGCACCUGAAGUAACAACUGAAGGAGAACUUACUUGUCAACCAGGCUGGUCCACAUGGAUCAACCAAGAAGUUCUUCCAAAGGAUCAAUUAAGAGAGGAAGAUAGAGAACCUGUGCCAUCUACUGAAGUACUCGAAAACUUAGAAGGUUCACCAAAAUGUGAUAGGGAUAUGGUUGUUGACAUCCAAUGCAGAACAGUUAGAGACGGUACAUUAUCCUACAUAGUUGCUCAGGAAACUGGACUUGAUAUCGAAUGUUCUCUACAAAAUGGUUUGAUUUGCAAAACUACUGGAAAUAGUAUUAUGUUGUGUCCAGACUUUGAAGUUCGCGUGAAAUGUCAAUGUGAAUUCGCCACAACUGCUACGCCACCUACAACGUUAUCAGAAAUAACUGAACCUCCAUUCGUUACCAAGAAGAAGACUACUGCUGGUGCAUACACCACACCUUCAACUACACUCAGUGAAGUCACCGAAGAAUUCGUAAGCAAAAGAGAACGCACAGACGCUCAAACGCCCGGAACUGUCACUACACCCGCCGGAACAUCAUACGCUACACCAAGCGUUACACCACCAAGUGAAUGUGCUAAAGACAGCUUCGUUCCACUUAUCCAAGGUGAUUCUCCAUUACCUGAUGAAGCAUUUAGUGCAAGCAGCGUUUUGGAAGAUAUCUUCGCACCAAACAAUGCAAGAUUGGACAGCGAUGUUAGCGAAACUUCUGGUGGAAGCUGGGCUCCUAGAUAUACCAACGAGAACCAAUUCCUAGAAAUCGAUCUUGGAAAACAAGAACCCGUUUACGGAGUAAUUGUUAAGGGAAGUCCAUUAUACGACGAAUAUGUUACAAGCUACAGAGUCUUAUACAGUCCAGAUGGUCAUAUCUUCUACUACGUUUUGGAUAAGAACACUAAAUUGCCAAUAAUAUUCAGAGGUUCUACCGAUGCAACAACUGAAGUCAAACAAUUCUUCGACGAGCCUGUUGAAGCAACGAAGAUUCGUAUUAAUCCAAAGACAUGGAACAAUGGAAUCUCUUUAAGAGUUGAACUUGUUGGAUGUGGAGAAAUGCAAACUUCUACCACUCUAACCGCCAAACCUACUAGACAUACCACCAGGCCAACCCAUCGCACUAGAAGACCUACCACUCGCCAUUCAACCACCACUCAUAGACCCACAACCAUCAUUGUUCACACUACAGUAGCCCCACAGAUUUGUGACGAUCCUAUGGGUCUCUCUGAAGGCAACCUAUCCCUUUCCCAAAUUUCAGUAAGUUCUUCUGUCGAUGUCAGACACGACAAAGCCAGUCUGCCACUCAACAGUGAAUCUGCUUGGCAGCCACUCACCAACUCACCUACCGAAUGGAUAGUGGUUGACUUCUUGGAACCAAGAGAAUUAACUGGUUUGACCACCAAGGGAGGACCAGAUGGUUGGGUUGAAAAUUACGUUGUUGAAUAUUCCCACGAUGGAAUAAACUGGAACAAGGUUAUGUAUGAACAAAAAGAACGAAUCUUCCCUGGAAACUUCAACCAGAACCUUCCUCAAGUAAACUACUUUGAAUUACCAAUCAUGGCUAGAUACUUAAAGGUCAUUCCUAAGAAAUGGAAGAACACAAUUCAGAUGAGACUUGAAGUACAAGGCUGCUAUCUCCCAUACCCUACUACUACCCCCGAGGAAGUCACACCAUCAACUACUACCACUGCAUACGAGUGUAACUAUUGUCCUGGAGUAAUCGAUACCAAUGUUGAACUUGACGUUUGCAAAUGCUUACCAACCAAAUACUGGGAUGGACAGAGAUGCGUUGAUAGACCUGAAUGUCCUUGCGUAGUUGGAGUUGUCAAAUAUCCUGUUGGAGCAGUAUUUGAAAAAGAAGAUUGUUCAGAAUGUGUCUGUAAACUUGGUGGAGUUGAAUACUGUGAACCAAAGAAAUGUCAACCUUGUGGACCGUUCAUGAGAAGCACAGUAACAGCAACAUGUGCCUGCACCUGCAAGUUCUGCGAAGAAGGAACAACUCUUUGCCCAACUAGUAACAUCUGUAUCAAUUCAACGCUAUGGUGCAACGGUGUCGUAGAUUGUCCUGAUGAUGAAGUAAACUGCGGCUCAACUAUUCCUGAAGUAAGUUCAGCUCUUCCAGAAGAGACUACAACACCAGGCUUGGAAACUAGUCCAACACCACAAGAAGUCACUACUAAACCUACUGAAGCUACAAGACCAACAAGUAGGCCCGAAGUUUCUACUCCUCAACCUACCACCCAAACUAGUGCACCUGAAACUCAAAGUACCACAGUUUCUGUAUUCACCACUAACGCUCCUUUGACCACCACCAACGAACCUACUACACCCAAAGAAGAGUGUAUUGAAAUAGUAUGUCCUGAAGGAUUUAAAAGGGUACCAAAGAAUAAUAAGUACAGAAAAACUAGCAAUAGAUAUACAUCACAAAUGAUAAGGAACAAUAACGUUAAAACUUCAUACAGCAAGGGUGGUACUAAAGGAGGCACUAAAGGAGGUACUAAAGGAGGAUACCAACCUGUCAAACAACCACCUAAGAAAUGGAAUCUGCAAAAACCGACAUACCCAACUAAGGGAGGCAAUCACGACCUCGAACAAUUAGUAGAAGAAUGUAUAGUGUACAUCUGUGUACCAGAUUGGCAUCCAGGUGGUGGUGGUGGAGAAAUUUGUCCUGAUGUUCAGUGUUCCAAUGGAUUAAUUUUAGUUUUUGAUGAAUUUGUUAAUGACUGCCAAGAAUUCCACUGUGAACUCCCACCCAAACCAGACGCAACAUGUAAAGUUACUGGAAAAACUUUCGACACCUUCGACAAUGUUGAAUAUAAAUAUGACAUAUGUAAUCAUGUUUUGGCUAGAGAUUUGGAACAUGACGAAUGGGAAAUAUCAUUGAGAAAGGCCUGCACAACCACAUGCUCUAGAGACCUAAUUAUUCAACAUGAUUGGCAACAAUUCGUCAUCCAUCCUGACUUCUCUAUCGAAUACGACGGAUACACCUACACCUUGGAUCAAGCUAUCAAACUAGCUGAAAGACAGGAUGACUUCUCAAUACAACAAGUUGGUAACACCGUCUUAUUCACUUCAACCAAAUAUGGUUUCUGGAUUGUUUGGAAUCACGAUGCUGACGUCAAGAUUGGAGUCGAUCAAGAACUUAUCGAAAAGGUUGACGGUUUGUGUGGUUACUUCGAUGGCGAGAAAGAAGGAGACAAGAGGAAGCCUGAUGGUGGCUUGGCUAAGACUACUGAAGAAUUUGGAGAUAGUUGGGCCUUAUCACACGACCAACCUCAAAUUUGUGAAGCUAAAUCUUGCCCAGAUGAAAAACAAGACAUUGCAUGGAAGAUAUGUAGCAAAGUCAGGGAGCAAUCUCUUGACCAAUGUUCCCGUGUUGUGGAUGUUGAAUCAUUCUUAUCAAAAUGUUUGGAAACAACAUGUACUUGCCUAGAACACGCAGCCGAAAACUCUACAGCAGAAGAAUCAUGCAAAUGUGAAGCUUUACAGAACUUUGUUGUCGAAUGUCUUUCUACAGACCCAACUAUUGAUAUAUCUGAUUGGAGAGUGGAACAAAAUUGCCCAACUGAAUGUGAAGCUCCAUUGAUCUUCCAAGAUUGUUACCAAAGAAGAUGCGAACCAAGCUGUAACACCUUCUCUGACCCAAGCAUAUGUCCUAAGGUCAGUGAUAUGUGCUUCCCAGGUUGCUACUGUCCUCCUGGUUACGUCAAAGAAGGAGACAAAUGUAUUCCUCCAUCUAGCUGUAAGAAUUGUGAAUGUGACCUUCUACCCCAUGUAUCUUACGUCACUUACGAUGAUAACGAAUUCACUAUCAAUGGAAAUUGUGUCUAUGUCAUGUCAAGAGAUCAAGUUCCACUUGUCGGACAGGAACAUCAAUUCCAGGUUCUUGUUACCAACCACCCAUGUCCAAGUGCUAAAGGAGGUAGCCAUAAGAUGUGUAUAGGAAAAAUCACCAUCCUGUACCAAGGCCACAAACUACAUGUUCUCAAGGACGAAAAUAGACCAAGAUUGAAACUUAUCAUGGACGGAGAAGUAAUCGAUGAUUAUUCUGAAGUUAGACACGUCGUAAAAGUUCAUAGAGAUUCAAGUGGCGAUAUGAAUAUUCUUCUGCCUACAAUCCAAGUUGAGGUAUUAGUAACUUACCCAACACUCGCAUCCAGUGUGAAGGCACCAUCUUACAUCUUCGAAGGAAAGCUUGAAGGUAUUUGCGGUAACUGCAAUGGAAAACCAAAGGAUGACUUCACAAAACCAGAUAAAAAUACACCUAAAGAUGAUUUAGACUUUGAACUGAGCUGGUUGUACGAAGGUCUUCCUCAAAACAAAGAAGAAUGUGGCGCUGAAAAAGAAGAAACAUGCGUACCAGAUCCCACGCAACCUGACCCAUGUGAGCAAUUAUUGGAUAUCAACAAAUUUGGAAAGUGUGCCAACCUUUUGGAUCCAACUUCAUACUUGGAUUGGUGUCAAAGAGAUACUUGCAAGGGAGAUCCAGCUGAAUCUUGCACUGCCCUUGAGGCAUACGCCAAGGACUGCGCCAAGUAUGGCUUCUGCGUCAACUGGAGAAACGAUCUUUGCCCAGCUCCAGUCUGUGAUCCUGGUUUGUUCUACUCACCAUGCGGACCAGCUCAUCCUGAAACAUGCGAGACUAUCAUAGAGGGCACCAAAGGAGGUAUAAAGGGAGGAAAGAGGAAUAUUCCUACUGAGGGAUGCUUCUGUCCUAAAGGAAAGGUUCUAUUAAACGAGACUUGUGUUACACCAAGAGAAUGCAUAACUUGUGACAACGAAGGACAUCAUCCUGGAGAUGAAUGGAAGAAGGACAAAUGCACAAAAUGUAAGUGCCAAGGUACCAACUUGGAAUGUGAGAAACAAGAAUGUGUUGAUCCAUCGACUAUUUGUGAACAUGGAUAUACUGCCGUCAGAGUACCAACCGCUGAAGACGAAUGCUGUGACAAAUAUACUUGCAUUCCUGGACCUACUUUCUCACCAACUUGCGAACCGCCACAAAACUUGGUGUGUGGUAAGGAUCAAGUUACCAGACUGACUACCAAAGCAGAUGGAUGCCAAUCUUACAUUUGUGAGUGCAAAGCUCUAGAAGAAUGUGAAGAAAUUGAUCUUACUUCAACAGAACCUCUUGAACCAGGAUACGUCAAAGAAAUUGACACCAACAGCAGCUGUUGUCCAAUCAUCAACUACGUUUGCAAGAAAGACAGGUGUCCAGUCAUCGAACCCUGCCCACCAUUCUACUCCAUUAAGGUAGAAGAAGGUAAAUGCUGUCCAACCUACUCUUGCGAAGCGCCAGAAAAAUGUAUCGUUGAAACUGGAUUCACAUCUGCCGCUGAAGGUGGUGAACGUCCAUUGACCGAUUUGGAGAAACAAAAACUGCUCAAGAACGCUAAUGACACCUGGAACGACGGACCCUGCAGAACUUGCAAAUGUCUACACAAUGAAAAUAACAACGCCUACAUUGCAUCUUGCUCCAAGACCAAUUGUCCCAUCAUGGAACAGAGUUCAGACUUCGAUGAUUACGAAUUAGUACCUGAAUACGUCUACCAACAAUGUUGUCCUACUUACAGAAGGGUUGCUUGCAAAUACAACGGUAAAGUACAAGAAGUAGGAGACAAUUGGUUUAUGGAAGGUGACUACUGUACCUCCAUCAUGUGUGUCAAAUCUGAUGCCGGAUAUAUUCAGAAACAGAACCAAGUCAAACAUUGUGAAGUCAAUUGUGAUUAUGGAUUUGAAUACGUAGCACCAACUGUGGAAUCCAAAGAAUGUUGCGGAUACUGCAAACAAAUCGCUUGCGUUGUUGAAGGAACCAUAUACGAAAUUGGAGAAGAAUGGUCAUCUCCAGAUGCUUGCACCAAAUAUGUUUGUACAGAUGUUGAAGGUUUGAUUCAAGUUAGAGCUCAACUUACCAACUGUCCAGUAAUAUCCCAAGAAGAUGCCAAAAACUUUGUUAUUCAAGACGAGAUUGUCAAAGGACACUGUUGUCCCAAACACGUGAAGACAGCUUGCAAAGUCGAUGGCAAUAUUGUUAAGGUUGGAGAAACAUGGCCCUCAGCAGAUGAUAAAUGCAAGAGCUACAAAUGUAACGAAAAAGGAGAACAAGAACUUGUCCUUCAAGAAUCCGUCCAGUUCUGCAAGACUGAAUGUGCAAAGGGUUGGGAAUAUAAACCAUCUGAAACAAAAUGCUGCGGUGAAUGUGUCCAAGUAUCAUGUGUCAUUGAGGACGAAGUCUGGCUAGAAGGUCAAACCUGGAAAUCAGACGAUAACUGUACAACAUUCAGUUGUGAAAAAUUGGGAGACCAAUACUCGAUUACAAGUCAGCAGGAAUCUUGCCCACCGUUGGAUAGUUCUUGCGAACCUAAAAAUAUAUAUGUACAGGGAUGCUGUCAAUACUGCAACAGUAGUGGAUCAGCACUAACACAAUGUAUGGCCCUUCCAGUUCCCGAAAAACUAACAAUUGGACUAUUGAAAUACUCUGAAUGUUCUAAUGUCAACCCGAUCAAGAACUUCACAGAAUGUGUUGGUAGUUGUGAAUCUGCAACCAGCUUCAAUCCAAUUUUGGGAAUGAUGCAAUCCAAAUGUUCUUGUUGUCAAGCCAUUGCCUUCAACAACUUACAAGUCGAACUUCAAUGCCCUGACGGCAGUGUGCUCAAGAAGGACGUAGAAGUACCAUCCAAAUGUAAUUGUAACAUAACAGCUUGCGAAGGAAACUUGAAAUCUAUCGAGCCUAGGUCCAUCGUUCACAGAGGAAGAAGAUAUGGCGUCUAUUAAAAGAUAGAAUAGUUUGUUUUAUGACUAGUGUUACGUGUUUUAUUAUUAAUAUGUAAGAGUUUUAUUAGAGUUAAAUAAAGUUGGUUGAUUUUGA